ACCCUCACCCUGGCUACGCUCCUCACCUUAACUCACUGACACCCCAACCCCUUUCCUUCUACUGCCUGGUGUCACACACCCUCACCCUGGCUACGCUCCUCACGUUAACUCACUGACACCCAAACCCCGUUCCUUCUACUGCCUGGUGUCACACACCCUCACCCUGGCUACGCUCCUCACCUUAACUCACUGACACCCCAACCCCUUUCCUUCUACUGCCUGGUGUCACACACCCACACACACACAAGCAGUGAGUGAGUCUCUUAGCCAUGCCUGCCCUCCUGUCCGUCUGUUUGCCUGUGAAAAUCCUCUCCCUCCAGCUCUAUGAAGAGGUUCUUCAGCAUGGUGCAGCACAGCCUGAUCAGUGUGACCAAGGACAAGGCCUGGCUCCACCAGACGGUAUGUCCCGGGCCGCAGCCACAGGAGAAAGAGAACAGGAAGGCACAGGUGCCACGCAGGGCAGCUAAGAUGAUCUUGACAGUGUACCUGAGCGACAGCCAGCAGAUGCUGACAGAGGUGCCCAUCACCCCAGAGACCACCUGUAAAGACGUGGUGGAGUUCUGUAAGGAGGCCGGAGAAGGUGGCUGUCACCUGACUGAUGUCUGGAAGGGCAACGAGAGAGUGAUCCCCUUUGACCACCUGAUGUAUGAGCACCUGCAGGAGUGGGGUCCCAGGAGGAUGGAGGUCAGGUUCUACCUGAGACACGAAGACUCCCCCUCAGAGAGCAGCGACCAGGGGAGCCAGCUCUCUCAGGAACAGUCCAACAGAGGCAGUGGAGGGAGCUCAGACCAGUCAUGUGAGGAAAGGGUGGGGAACCCUUGCGUGGAGCUGACUCUGUCGGAGCUGCAGGAGAUGGCCACACGGCAACAGCAACAGAUCGAGACCCAACAGCAGAUGCUGGUUGCCAAGGAGCAGCGUCUGAGGUACCUGCAGCAGCAGGACCACAGACAAGGCCAGACGGUGUCAGAGGCUGAGAAGCUACAGAGGUUGAUGGAGCGAGUGGAGAGUCAGGAGGCCAAACUAAAGAAGAUCCGCGCCAUGAGGGGCCAGGUGGACUACAGCAAGCUCAUCAAUGGCAACCUGUCGGCUGAGAUCCAGCAUGUGAGUGGGCAGUUCCAGGAGAAGCAGGCAGAGCUGCAGUCAGCUGUGGUGAAGGUGGACCAACUCAACCAGCAGCUUGAGGACCUGAGGAGGGGACGUCUCAACGGCCUGCAGCCCCUAGGAGGACCUCUCACUGGCACCGCCGCUCUGGAGCUACGCAAACUCUACCAGGAACUACAGGUGCGUAACAAGCUGAACACGGAGCAUAGUGGCAGGCUGCAGCAGAACAAGGAGCUGCUGAAUAAGCGCAACACAGAGGUGACUAUGAUGGACAAGCGCAUUGGGGACCUUCGGGAGCGCCUGCACAAGAAAAAAACAGAGCUUAACAGGAUAAACGGUCCUCCCUCCCCCCAGCCCACUCCCAGCAGCUCAGGCCGCAUAGCCGCGGUAUGUCCGUACAUCCAGGUGCCCGUCCCAGGCAGACAAGAGGUGGGCUAUGCUCUGCCCCCAGACCCCGUCAAACCACCGUUUGUCCCUGGGACUGGCACCAUCAGCCAUGGCCGCUCCAAAUCAGAGGAGGAAGGGUGCGGUGUGAGGAAGCCCUUCGUCCAAUGGAAGGUCUCAGAUUUAGACAUCAUAGUGGACCCCGUGGAGAUGAGAGAGGUGCCCCGGUCCCCCUCAGGGGCCUGCAGUGCCGACACAGUCUGGACCAAUGAAGCAGUGUGGCCCACCCUUAGUAAAAGUGUCUCCUCGAUGCAACCUUCAGAUUGGAGAAACUCCAGCCACGACCAGAGCCUUGACUUCAGUAAGCUACUAGGAGGAUCCGUGUCCAAACCACUACCCAUCUAUGGGACCUAUCCUGCACCUACUGGCCACCCGUCUAUAGUCUGCUCUACCAGCUCCCUGACCAGGUCUGCCCCUGCCACUUUAGCCUGGCAGCGUUCAGCCCCAGCACCUCCUGGUUACUCCUCCCAGCAGAUCCAGCAGCGUAUCUCUGUCCCCCCUAGCCCCACACCCCAGUCAGGCCUGGGGGAGGGGGAGAGUCCUGACCACCUGCCGGCUGUGGCUGUGAGACCCUACGUUCCAGACCGGUCCUCCUCCAGGCCUCAGUCCCCCAGGAAGGGCCCUGCCACUAUGAACUCCUCCUCCAUCUACCACAUGUACCUGCAGCAGCCUGCAGCAGCCAAGAGCUACCCAGCAGGAGGCAGGUCUGCUGUCAAAGCAGUGUAUGGGAAACCUGUGCUUCCCUCCAGCACCUCUCCCUCCCCUGUGCCCUGCCAGCAUGAGGCCCUUUCCCCAGGAGGAGAGAGUGGAGGGGACAUGGUGGACAGGGAAGGGGACACCACAGAGGGUAGACUCCUACCCCCUCCCAGUGUGGAGAACAUCCCGCGACCCCUGAGCCCCACCAAGCUGACCCCCGUGGCCCACUCCCCGCUGCGCUACCAGAGCGACGCCGACCUAGAGGUCCUGCGCCGGCGGCUGACCAAUGCACCGCGCCCGCUGAAGAAACGCAGCUCCAUCACAGAGCCAGAGGGCCCCACCGGACCCAACAUCCAGAAGCUCCUGUACCAGCGCUUCAACACCCUGGCCGGAGGCAUGGAGGGCAGCAACAGCACCCCAUUCUACCAGCCCGUCUUCAUGGGUGGUGUCCUGGAAUGUCCUGACAUGGACAACAUCAACACUUCUAAUGGGAACCUGAUCGGGACAGCUUCCCUGGUCGUCACUGCCGCAGACGGUACCAACUCAGACCAUCGCCUGUCCUCUUCCAUGUCCCCUUCCUCUGACUCCAAUGAGAGGAGGACACGCCCACCCAGUGAGACCACUCCCCGCAUGCCCACCCCCCAGCCCAGCUUGGAAGACAACAACAACCAACCUGGUCCUUCUAGCACCACCUCCACUCCCAGGCCCAUCCCCAUCCCUGAGGCCUCGUCUCCCCAGCCGAAAGAAACCUCUCCCCGGACUGUCACACCCCCGGCAUUGCCUAAGAUCAAGAGGACUAACCUGAAGAAACCUGAGUCAGAGAGGACAGGCCAUGGGCUGCGGGUCAAGUUCAACCCUCUUGCCCUGCUACUGGAUGCCUCUCUGGAGGGAGAGUUUGACUUGGUGCAGCGGAUCAUCUAUGAGGUUGAGAACCCCAGCACGGCCAAUGACGAGGGCAUCACCCCCCUUCACAACGCCGUAUGUGCUGGACGUCACCACAUCGUCAAGUUCCUGCUCGACUUUGGAGUUAACGUCAAUGCUGCUGACAGCGAUGGAUGGACCCCACUACACUGUGCGGCCUCCUGUAACAGUGUGCAUCUCUGUAAGCUGCUGGUGGAGUCAGGGGCAGCCAUCUUUGCCACCACCAUCAGUGAUGUGGAGACAGCGGCUGAUAAAUGUGAGGAGAUGGAGGACGGAUACACACAGUGUUCCCAGUUCCUCUUCGGGCUGCAGGAGAAGCUGGGGGUGAUGAAUAAAGGGUCUGUGUACGCGCUGUGGGACUAUGAGGCACAGAGCUCAGAUGAACUGUCCUUCCACGAGGGAGACGCCAUCACCACCCUGAGUCGCAGGGACCACGCUGAGACAGAGUGGUGGUGGGCCAGGCUACAUGACAAGGAGGGCUACGUACCACGCAACCUGCUCGGGUUGUAUCCAAGGAUCAAGCCUAGACAACGUUCUCUGGCAUAGAGAAGACGGUGCACGUUGUUGUGCUCUGACUGGGCUCAGAGCUGGGUCUGACUGGAUCUGCAGACAGGGGCUGUGCCCGGACAGUACCCUCUCUUUGUGCCAGUCUGUGCCUCCCCAGAACAAAGGACAAGGGCCAGGGCAUGGACAGAGGGAUCAUAUCCGGACAGACAGACAUGCUUGGAAUUGGUGGUCACUUACCUAAGAGGAAGUAGAGGCAGUAUCCAUGGCCCAGAGAUCAUUCAGAGAAUACUCUGAGCAGAGCUCCCCUCUUUCCCUUCUCACUCAGUGUUUGUCUCCUGUGUGUCAGUCAGAGUAAGGCCUAAAUGUGAUGAUCUCAGAAAAGGGAGCAGAGAACAGGGGCAGUCGUGAGUUAUUGAAUAUGGGUUUUGCAGUAAGUGCUGUUUGAAGGCGAUCAGAGUUCAAACUCUGGAGGUCAUAUCUUCAGGGUUCAGCAGAGGAAAGAAAGGAACAGGUUUUUACAAGAUGAGAAAAGGAAGGAAAGUGACGGAAGGUGUAAUUGAAAGACUUUGAAUGCCAGUUAAAACUACUAAAAGAUGUGUGGAAUGUUCUAAACAGUCAUACAAUGUUGGUGCUAUUUAUGCAAACCAAAACGUGUUCUGAAGGAAUGAGUGGAAGAUGUAAUGCUGGGAUGGGAAAGUGAAAGGGCUGCAUUCUCUUCUACAGAUGCAAUAACUAUGAAGCUAACUAUGGGUGUGAAUUUGAACUAAACUCAUCAUAAGCCUACAGUAUAUAAAUGCUUUAUCACCUAAAAAGGCCUAUAGUUGGAUCUCUCUUUGGAGUUUUCAUUUUGAGUUACAUUUUAGCAGACGUUUGUACAUUGUAUUGUUUUCCCUAUUUUUGUUUCAAGUUGGUUGUUGUCUUUUUAAUACCCAUCAUGCAAAGUGAUACACAUUUUGAUCACUGAGUAUAGCCAUACCACAGGAGGUUGGUGGCACCUUAAUUGGGGAGGAUGGGCUCAUGGUAAUGGCUGGAGCGGAAUAGGUGGAAUGGUAUCAAAUACAGCAAACAUAUGGUUUCCAUGAGUUUGAUGACAUUCCAUUUGCUCCGGUCCAGCCAUUAUUGUGAGACGUCCUCCCCUCAGCAGCCUCCACUGAGCCAUACUGUACUAUCUUUGGUAUAGCCUACCUGUUGACUGAUGCUGGCUUGAUCUAUAGGUUGUGUAUUACCAUCAGUUCUAUGGGAUGGUUUAUGUGACAAAACGAACACCAAACAAUAUGCAUAAUGAAAUGUAAAUGUACACAAUAAAUAAUGAUUUCCCUUAAAUGGGAAUAAAAAAUGUUUUAACAUAUACUGAACAAAAAUAUGAAUGCAACAUGUAAAGUGUUGGUCCCAUGUUUCAUAAACUGAAAUAAAAUAUUCCAGAAAUGUUCUAUA